AUGCAUCCACAAAAGGUAAUUUCUAAUUUUACAAUUACCAACCCUAUCACUAACCAUAACACUAACCCUAACACUAACCCUAACACAAACCCUCACACCAACCCUAUCACUAACCAUAACACUAACCCUAACACUAACCCUAACAAAAACCCUCACACCAACCCUAACACAAACCCUCACACCAACCCUAUCACUAACCAUAACACUAACCCUAACACAAACCCUCACACCAACCCUAUCACUAACCAUAACACUAACCCUAACACAAACCCUCACACCAACCCUAUCACUAACCAUAACACUAACCCUAACACAAACCCUCACACCAACCCUAACACAAACCCUCACACCAACCCUAUCACUAACCAUAACACUAACCCUAACACAAACCCUCACACCAACCCUAUCACUAACCAUAACACUAACCCUAACACUAACCCUAACACAAACCCUCACACCAACCCUAACACAAACCCUCACACCAACCCUAUCACUAACCAUAACACUAACCCUAACACAAACCCUCACACCAACCCUAUCACUAACCAUAACACUAACCCUAACACAAACCCUCACACCAACCCUAUCACUAACCAUAACACUAACCCUAACACAAACCCUCACACCAACCCUAUCACUAACCAUAACACUAACCCUGACACUAACCCUAACACUAACCCUGACCUUAGAAAUAAUCUCAAACUCAAUUGCAACAUUGGUUCUAACCCUAUAUCUCAGACAAACUUGUAA